UUCGGGAAACCCAUAAUGUGGCUGCCCCCCAGGGUGGCGGCCAGCAGGCCAGCUGCUGCUGCAAGCCCGCGCGCGAGCGUGCACAGCCCAGCCGCAACCGGUGAGGGCUGCUGCAGCCGCCGCCGCCGCCAGUAGAGGACAGGGAUGCGCGCUUGGGAGGGGUCCCCGCCGCCUGCAGCAGCUUCGGUAGGGCCGGGGAGGAGGAGGAGGGCUCCGGCACGCCUCCGGAGAAAGCCUGCCCGGUGGGAGGAAGCGGCCGCGAGGCGGAGAAGGGAAGCGCGAAGGCGCGCUGCUGCUGCUGCUGCUGCUGCUGCUAACCACAUCCGCGCCGGAUCGACCCCGCAAGGCUGGCGCGGGCUGGGCUGCCCUUCCCUUCCCUUCUGACGGCGGCGCAGCGGCGGACGGAGGCGGCUGGGCCGGUCAGCUGCGCGCCCCGAUGGCCUUCAGCUCCUCGUCCUGGCUGUCCCCCGUGCAGUGGGCCAAGUGGACGUGGUCCGCCGUGAGAGGCGGAGCGGGGCCCGAGCAGGAGGAUGCCCUCGCCGGGGGAGACGGGGAGGCUCCAGCCGCGCCGGGCUUGGAGGACGACGACGAGGAAGCGCAGGGCGAGACCAAGUCGCUGAGUCUCAGCUCGGACUCGGAAGGCAAUUUCGAUACCCCCGAAGCGGAGACCCCAAUACGCUCUCCAGAAAAGGAGCUCCCAGACGCAACCUUGGAAGUGUUCCAAGCUGAAGUUAAAUCCCAAGCAUCUCAUGGAAGUGAUGUAGCCUUGGUAGCCAAGGUUUUAGAGGAGACCUUGCAGCAGAAAAAUUCAGCUCCAGCUGAGAAUGAUUUGCAGGCAGACACUGCAGUCCCUCAGAGCGACAAGCUGCUGGCAUUGGAUUCCGACGUUGGCAAGGUUUCAUCCAUGACUCCCUGUGCGCCCACAGCAGAACUGUCUGCAGAACCGCUUGGAGCUGUUGCAGAGGAAAGGGCUUUUCUGGAACAGUCAGCUCUAGACCAAACUUUAGCAAGCUCUGUGCUGCCAGCUACUGCAGAGGAACAGCAGAGAACACCCUCAGAAGACACGGAGGUCCCAGCUGAAGGGUCUGCAGGAGCCAAGCUGAGCGGGGAAGCAUUCGUGAGCAAGAGCAAACUCCCGAGAGCAAAACCUAUUGCCCUCCAGAAGAAAAUGGGAGGAGAGAAUGCUGAAAGCGAAACAGCCCCAGAGGGUAGCCCUGUACCUAAAGCUUCCUACCGCUUUGACCCAGAGGCGUACAACGAAAACAUGAACCCGUUUGUGAUGGGAGGCUCCAAGCUCCAAAAUUCUCCCCCUGCAUCCCAGCAAGGCUUUGACCUUCCAACGAAUGACACAAAGGAGUCCAGUGUGGGGACAGCCAGUGAGUUGGAGGGCCAGGCUGUGAGAUUAGAAUUUGAUUUUUCGGAAGGAGGAGAGAGCAUGGAGGCCAAGAAAGCCCCACUGAGGAAAACUGGCAGAAAGCCUGCCAGCAAAUUAUCUCCUAAGAGGCAAAGAGGUGGUGCCAGCCGACCUUUGGCAGGUCCUGAGCAGGUGACAAAAGCAACCGCUUCUGAUGCCCUUGAGGUGCCGCUUCCUAAGGUCACCUACCAGGUGGACAGCAGCCAGUGGGACGAUCCUAACUUUAACCCCUUUGGGAGCAACUCAGCUUUUCAGAGCUCCCCACCUUUGCAAAAGGGUUCAUAUAAUUUUGAGACAGCGGACCCUUUCAAGGCCUCCGCUGGUGCCAGAGCUGACUCCUGCUCCACUGCAGAGAACAGCCUCAACGAGAUUUUGGAGUCCCAGGUGCUGGAGAUCCAGGGAGGUGAACUGAAGAAAGGUUCCGCCUCACCAAAGAAGGCCAAGUCACGGUUGAUAACGACUACUGAGCAAGUGAGAUUUCUCUGUUUUCUGUUAAGCGGCUGCAAGGUGAAGAAAUAUGAAACACAGUCUCUGGUUCUAGAUGCUUGUGCUAAGGAUGAAGAGGAUGGAGCACUCAUAUCCCAUAUCCCAGACCUUGCCAGUCGGGAUGGAAGUGCCACAGAUGAAGAGAAAUUGGCUUCUACAUCCUCUAGUCAGAAGUCAGCUGGGUCAGAGGUGAAAGGUGAGCCCGAAGAAGACCUGGAGUACUUUGAGUGUUCCAAUGUUCCUGUGUCUGCCAUAAAUCAUACAUUUUCAUCCUCAGGAAAAGCUUUUAAUAAGGAGCCACCCUGCAACCCAACAGAGACCAGUGGUUUCAGCAGUAUAUUGGACAAUUCUGAGCUGUGUUCUGCGGAGAAGUCCUCUAAAGUUACAACGGCUGGCAUGAGGGGGAGUGCUGAAAGCCCCUUGGAUGCCAUUUGCCUCAAUGAAUCAGAUAAGAUGGCAGUUCUGACUCUGAUCAGAGAGGAGAUCAUCUCUAAAGAGAUUGAAGCAAAUGAAUGGAAGCGAAAGUAUGAAGGGAGCUGGCAGGAGGUUUUGGAAAUGAGGAAGAUAGUGGCUGAAUACGAGAAGACCAUCGCCCAGAUGAUAGAAGAUGAACAGAGAUCAAGCAUGUCCUCCCAGAAGAGUCUUCAACAGCUCACAAUGGAGAAGGAACAAGCAUUGUCUGACCUGAAUUCAGUGGAAAGGUCCCUGUCUGACCUGUUCAGGAGAUACGAGAACCUAAAGGGUGUCCUGGAAGGUUUCAAGAAGAAUGAAGAAGCCUUGAAAAAAUGUGCUCAAGACUACCUAACUCGCGUCAAACAAGAGGAGCAGCGGUACCAGGCCUUGAAAAUCCAUGCAGAAGAGAAGUUAGACAAAGCCAAUGAAGAAAUUGCUCAGGUGCGUGCCAAGGCUAAAGCAGAAGGUGCAGCUCUUCAUGCUGGGCUCCGAAAAGAACAAAUGAAGGUGGAGUCUCUGGAAAGAGCCCUGCAGCAGAAGAAUCAGGAAAUUGAAGAGCUGACCAAGAUCUGUGAUGAGCUGAUUGCCAAGCUAGGAAAGACUGACUGAUCCAUACUCUGUUGCCUAGAGCCCCAUGCUUGACUGCUUCCUGUUUGUCUGCACCUUCAAGCAAGCACCUUGUCUUCUUUCCCAGGAAUAAUCUCCCCCUGCAGCAGAGAGAAAAGCACACAUAUACCUAGCUUCGAAACUGAGCAAUUGCCAGCUGCAAGAACCAGGGGCCCUGGCCUAUGUUCACUUAUAGCAUUUUGCUGGGCCAGAUCUCCCUGGCUAAAUUUCUGCUGCUAACUUUUAGCUGGCAGCCCUAAUUCCUUAUAUUUGCCCAACUGGUAUAAGAAAGGUAUGCAUUAGAGAUGAAUUAUUUGCUACUGUGUGUGAUGAGAACAGGCACUCAGGAUAUUGUAGAGAUCCAGUCCAUAGAAGGUGCUGGAUUGCUGUCUCAAGAACAGUUGCAUGACAGAAGAGGUGCCAUUGAUGAUGAUCGCUGUUUGGUUGAGAGGGAUAGACCAGUAUCAGAUAUGGGUUACCUAAGCAUGUGCCCUGUUGUUUGCCAUUGGAAAUUUAGUGUGACAUAAUUGAAGAUCUAUAUCUGAAGGCAUGAGAAAUGAGGCCAGCUCAAACAGAAUGAAGCUCAGAUUGGCUUCCAUGGAUGGAUCACACAUGGGAUCCAAGUUAAAGAACAUUAGCUCCUAGUAAAAUAAGCCUUUAUGGGUCAUGGCCCAGAAACCAGGAAAAGAAGUGCCUGACUUCUUGAUUGUUCACAUCAGUGUUGAGGCAUGAGGAAUGAGACCUUCAUGAAAGAGCACAAAUUUCCCUGAAUGCACAUGGAAUGCAGAGUCUUUCAAGGUAGAGGGCAACCAAUAGAAGUUCAGAAUUAUGCAAUGAAAACUUAUCUCUCUGGUGAAGCUAAGGAUUCCAAGAUGUAUCAACAUCUCUUCAGAAAGUGGGCGAAAGACUGGAUGCUAGGCUUCUGCUUACAUAUAUCUGCCAUCCUCAGAAGCACCUUUUCCUCAGUGUUCCCAAAGAACCUGGAAUGAUGUAAAACCUAAAAUAUUUUACAGAAAACCAAAAAUGGGACAAGUAGAUGGAUAUCUAAUUCCUUGGGGAGUUUGUGCUGCUGUUGAAAUUGUGUAUAGUGAAGUUGAGGGCUUCUAAGAUGUACUUGUCAGCCCACAGAGGGGCACCAGUUAGACUCCUGUUUUUUGUCUUUUAGUUGGUCAAUGCAGAAUUGUGGAAGUGCUUUGGAUACUCCCGCAAGGAGAUCUGCUGUUCGUUUUUUUGUGUCGUGCUUUCAUUGAAGUCUCAUGUGAUUCAACUGUAGUCAGAUUUCUUUCUUUUAACCUGGGGUGCCCCCCUGCUUUGCUCUAACAUGGCUUGUCUUGGUCAGUGUGUGCUGAGUUCUUCUGAUGACCACAGUGAAGCUGAUGUUUCAAAGCCAUGGGCUGUGCUACCUGUGAUGGCUGUUUUUUUGGGUGGUCCAUCUUCUGUGCCUAAAUAUCACAUGCAGUCUUCUUUACAAUUUAGGUUCCUGAGAACUUCAACUGGAGCAUAAUUUCUGUUCCUCCCUGGUAAUCUCUAGCUGGGACCACCAGAUACUCAGUUCCUUUUUGAUGAUCUGAAAGGGGCAGUCUUUCUCUCAAAUUAUGGCCUUUAUUAUGUUUUUCCUGGGUGUGUCUCCAAGUUUUUUUUUUGGGGGGGGGGGGCUCUUUACUUGUUCCAGGCAUACAGGUCUUUGAUUAGCACAGAAAGAGGGUGAUAGACCUCUUCCUUUGCCAUUAUGCUAACCUGAAAUGACCCGAGAGCUACUAUUUGCUGGGUUAGGAAAUUGACAUGUAGCUAUAUUAGUAUCCCAGCAGGGAAAAUAAUAGCUUCCUGGGCUGUUUCAGGACAGAAAAAUGGCAUGUAAGCUCCUGUUCCCUGUGCUUCAUAGCUCCAGUCUGAAUUGGAUCACUGUGUGCUUGGGAAGCACAGAACUCAUAGACUGUGUUUGACCUGAACCUGGAAUAUACAAGGGGGGAAAAUCAUGUAGUUACACUUUAAGGAUUUAAUUAUGCCUCAGGUUACUGAAAGAGACUUCCUCACUCCCUCUUCCCUUUUUCAGCUUGAUAAGAGUCUGGUGACCCAUGGAGCAGGAACCAUUAGCUCUAAAUUAGAUAUUAUAUCUGGUAUAGUUGCCACAUGCAACACAGGUGGAACCCCACAGCAGAGCAAAUUGACUCUCCAAGGCUAUUUUAGCUCCAGAAAAAUAAUCUGGAAGAGCAGACUGAAGCUACAGUUCUGAGCCAAAUCACUUGGGAACCUAGGUUGCCUGAUGUCGCAUUAUUGCGGUGCAAAACUCAGAGAUAGGUUCGGGGAACCCUGACUUGUACCAGAAGUAAUGCCUAUUUUGCAUCUUAGUGUUUUGUAAAGAGCUGUGCUUCUAAGCUUGUAAUAUUAAAAAAAAUGCUCCCAUCACCUAUGAAAUCACAAUCCUAACCAUCUGGAAAUGUGAUUCUGGUCACUUUGGCAGGUUACAAAUAAAAACCCUGAAUAAGCAUUCUUUAUCUCUAAAGGAAGGAGGAAGGCGAAGCCUGUUCUUAAGGCAUGUAUUCUCCUCUCCUGCCGAAACCUCGUGGUCUGAUCGCAUCUCCCCAGUUUUCCUCUGGGUUCCAGCGGUUGCACUUUUCUUUGUUGUGUGUGUGAGCGCGCACUGUGCCAAAUGCUCUCUCGUUUUGUGUGCCUCUCAAGCAUGCCACUAUAAAUGUGGGCAAACAAGAUUCCUAAGGAAUGACAUUAUUAACUAUAAUAUGGUUAUUAUAGUUUGUGCAGAUAUUAAAAAAAUAUGUGUGUAUACAUAUAUGGAUAGAUAGAUACAUAGAUGAUGACUAAAGUUCUAUACUGUGGAUGGUGUGUGUGAUUUAUAUUUGUGUUAACUGUCGCACCUCAUGAGCUCUUGUAUAGCAAGAGGGAAGCUACGCUAUGCAGACUGACCAUUGGUUCGACCCCUAUAAUACUAUCCUUAUAGGAAAAUAGCUUCUGCCCAUCUAUAGUGUUUGCAGGAGGAUUUGAACAGUGGCUACUGCACCUGAUAAUGGAGUGUUUAAUGCAAUACGUAAGGCUGAGUAAGAAUGUAACUGCACCAGCACUUAACUUGAUCGCAUCUUACUUUCAUUGUGCAGCUUCCCCCAUGGGAUCAGUGCCAGGACUCCAGAGCUGAGCAGCGCUGUGGGGUGUAUACAGCAGACAGAUGCACCUCUGUUUUAAUCAUGUCCCUGCUCACUUGCAGGAGUGGCUUUGGCACUGGGCUACCCCAUGUUACUCCGUCCCUGUUUUCUGAACUACCAAGUACCUCGUAGCUGUUCCUUCCUCUUUAGUUCUAGAGGCAGCGGAAGCAGCAUGCAGACUCAGUCGUAUCUCAAUCAUGUGAGAGGUAUAGGCUUACAAUUCUCUUCCUGGUGGGCAAAUCUAUGCUUAUAUUGAGGUAAAAACGUUGCUGCCUGUGCCCUGAAUUCAAAAUCCAGAAAAAUAACAGAUUCUGAUUCAACAUGCUGGAGUCUGCUUUUGCAUGUUGGUUGUGGGGACUCUAGAGAGACAUGCCAUAUUUUGGGAAUGGUAUGGAGUGAAUUGGGCCUAACCAGAUCUAGGCCAGGGUACACCAAGUCAGUCAAUCCAUUAUAAACACAGUGACAUGCCUACCCUUAGCCUUGGCCAGAAUAAAAAAUCCUUAUCUGGAUUAUUUUCUGGAUUGUAUUUUAACAACAUACAGAAAAGUAAAUCAGCAGGGCUGGAUUAUUUCCAGCACUGAAUAGAAGGUUUUUGCUGUUCUAUGGUUCCAAUCAUUUUCCCACUGCAGUGAAAUCUAAGCAGCCUUUUGCACAAAGGAUCUUGUCUAUAAAAAGCAACCAUUCUUGCUUUCUGCCAAUGUACUUUAUAACAGGGCCCCCAAGAAUUAAUAUUAACCUCACUAUUUAUCUGCUUUGCCUGUAUCACCUACAAAGGUUCUCUGACAUCCAGGACAAGAAACUCCUGCAGUUUGGGUCAGUUUGUACAGUUGAGUGUGAGUAACUUGCCGCAUUCACACAUUUGAUAUGUAUGAUGAUUUCCCUUUUCUAUGUCAAGUAAAUAUUUGUAAGAGUUAUACUCACACAAAUGGGAUUAUUAUGAUGAUUACUAAUAUAUUUUUUUCAUGUUCCAUUGCCUGAAUAAAAAUAAUGUGUUUCCAA